UCGAUUGCUUAGUAUUUGUACUAUUAAAGAGUAGUGAAAAUUUGCGGUAUUUGGUGGCGUGUAAAUUUAAUAUUUUGAUUUUGAGUUUAUUAAAAAUGUCAGACAGUGAAUCCGAUAGCACCUCAGACAGUGGUGAUAGUACAAGUUCAUCAUCAACCUCUUCGAGUUCAGAUGAGUCCACACCGAGCACCAAUAAAAAAAGCGUUGAAAGGGACUUUGCAUCUCAGAAGGCGGAAAAAAGUGAGAAUCCCAUAUCAGCAGAUGGGGUGAAGGAACUUAAAAAUGUAGCAGAAAAAAAUGACUAUAACUGCUCAUCUGACGGCGCAAUAGUAGAAAACCAAAACAAAGGAAAAGAGCCAGCUUCAAAAGAUACCACAGAUUCCGCAAAUCCAGAGAAAAGCACUCAGUUACAUGGGGCGAGUUCUACAGAUAAAGAUUCAAAUGGAAAUGAAAAAUCGGAGGAGCUAGAAGAGGGGGAGCUGAAUAAUGACGAUGGAACUAUUCAAGAUGUGCAGGGAUCAGAAAAAGACCCUGAAGAAGUUCAACUUCCUAAUGUUAAUCUGAAUAAUGAAAAAGUGGCAGAAAAAGUGAAUGCGAGUGAUUCGCUUGGCACAUUUAUUGGAGAUCAAACUGCAGUUAGCCGUCAGGAAAAUGUUGACGAUAAUUUCAAUAAGCAAAAUGAAAGCAAUUCUGCCGAAGAAGUAGCCAAAUCAAAUGCGGACCAAAAACAUAAAGACGCUAAUGAGGUACCUAACACGAAAUUUGGUAGCAGUACGCGAAGUGUGCGGGAACGUUCACAUUCCCGUGAUCGAACAAAACAUCGGCGGAGGAGUCGUUCGCAGAAUCGUGCCUCUUCACGACAACGUUCACGAUCGCGAUCGCGAUCCCGUUCUCGCAAACGUUCACACCGAUCUGCAUCUUUAGCAAGGCGACAGGAACAACGUAAGCGGCGUCAUGCAGAGCAAGAGCGACGCGAAGAUGAAGACCGCAAUAAAAAAAAACGUGAGAAUUCAACAAAGCAAUCUACAACGUCCUUAUCCGGUAAAGAAGGGUUCGAUUUCGAUGGCAAAGAACGUGAGAAUGACAAUGCUACAGUUACUGAUCCAAAAGCAAAGAUUACUGAGCGUCAGCGUCGAACUGUCGAUUUAUUGACAUCGCGUACUGGUGGAGCUUAUAUACCACCGGCCAAAUUACGUAUGAUGCAAGCGGAAAUAACAGAUAAAGCUUCAGCCGCAUACCAGCGAAUUGCUUGGGAAGCACUGAAAAAAUCAAUACAUGGUUACAUUAACAAAGUAAAUGUCGAUAACAUUGCUAUUAUUACGCGUGAGCUUCUUAAGGAGAAUAUUGUACGUGGACGCGGCCUACUUUGUCGUUCCAUUAUACAAGCCCAAGCGGCGUCACCUACUUUCACGCAUGUCUAUGCAGCUCUGGUAUCUAUAAUCAAUUCAAAAUUUCCUAAUAUUGGCGAGCUACUACUUAAGCGUUUGGUAAUUCAAUUUAAACGCGCUUUUCGUCGAAAUGAUAAGGCGGUUUGUUUGUCGUCUUCGCGUUUCAUUGCUCAUUUAGUGAAUCAGCGAGUCGCACACGAAAUUCUUGCCCUGGAGAUACUGACCCUAUUGGUAGAGUCACCAACAGAUGACUCCGUAGAAGUGGCUAUCGCUUUCCUCAAAGAGUGCGGCAUGAAAUUGACGGAGGUGUCUUCGAAAGGCAUAGGUGCCAUAUUUGAAAUGCUAAAGAAUAUAUUGCACGAAGGAAAAUUAGAUAAGCGUGUGCAGUAUAUGAUUGAGGUGGUAUUUCAGGUGCGAAAGGAUGGCUUCAAGGAUCAUCAAUCUGUGAUUGAAUCAUUAGAGCUGGUAGAGGAAGAUGAUCAGUUUACACAUCUGCUAAUGUUGGACGAGGCCACAAAUCUGGAGGACGCUUUAAAUGCCUUCAAAUUUGAUGACCAGUAUGAAACUAAUGAAGAUAAGUACAAAGGUCUUAGUAAAGAGAUAUUGGGCAGUGAUGCUAGUGGCAGUGGUACUGGUUCUGGUUCUGGAAGUGACUCUGAAAGCGAGUCCGGGGAUUCGUCGGGUUCUGAAAAGGUAGAGCGAGAUGGUAGCCAAGGCACCGCCGGUGACAUCAUCGACAAUACUGAAACUAAUCUAAUUGCUCUAAGGCGUACGAUUUAUCUCACAAUUAACUCGAGUUUGGAUUAUGAAGAAUGUGCUCACAAAUUAAUGAAAAUGCAGUUGAAGCCAGGCCAAGAGAUUGAGCUUUGCCACAUGUUUCUUGAUUGUUGUGCAGAGCAGAGAACCUACGAAAAAUUCUAUGGAUUGUUGGCUCAACGUUUUUGUUCAAUUAACAAAAUUUACAUUGCACCAUUUGAGGAUAUUUUUAAGGAUACCUAUCAGACAACGCAUCGUUUGGAUACAAAUCGUUUACGGAAUGUGAGUAAAUUUUUCGCGCAUUUACUAUUUACAGAUGCUAUUGGUUGGGAUGUACUCGAAUGUAUUAAGCUAAACGAAGAUGACACCACCUCAUCCAGUCGAAUUUUUAUAAAAAUACUUUUCCAAGAGUUAGCCGAGUACAUGGGAUUGGGGAAACUAAAUACUAAACUUAAGAAUGAAGUUCUGACGGAGAGUUUGGCAGGUCUAUUUCCUAAAGACAAUCCUAGAAAUACACGUUUUGCAAUUAACUUUUUCACAUCUAUUGGGCUGGGAGGUUUAACUGAUGAAUUAAGGCAGUUCUUGAAGAACGCACCGAAAUCUGUGCCUGCCAUUAAUGUUGAAAUAUUGGCAACAAAGCCAGUUGCGAGCAGUUCCUCAAGCUCAUCAUCGAUGGAAUCAUCCUCAUCGGGGUCAUCAAGUUCCUCGGAAAGCAGUUCUUCAUCCAGCGAUACGUCAGAUUCAAGCGAUUCCGAUGAAGAGGACAGGAAAAAGAAAAAGCGCAAAGCUAAAAAUAAUUUGAAUAAGAAGAGCAGUAGGAAGGAAAGCAAGAAGACAAAGAAGUCGAGAAAAACUAAAUCAAGUAAAACUAAACGAAAAGUAAGCGAUAAUGAAAGUAGCAACAACUCGGAAGAUUCAUCCGACUCGAAAAGCAGUGCAAGCGAUGGAGAUAGUAGUGAUAGUAGCAGUGACAGUGACGAUGAUAAGCGUAAACGCAAUCGGAAGCCGAGAGGUAAGAAACCUAAAGAUACAUCCACCAAGAAACACAAGGCACAAGUCAACAAUGCGGAAAAGUUAAGAAAAAAUGAGCGAAAGGGCAAUGACAAGAGACGUAAUGAGGAUCGCCAUGCUGACAAAUAUAAGGAACGAAAUGUACGAAAGGAUAAGUCGUCUGAAAGAAAGUACGAAGAAAGAGAUGUAAUGCGUGACCGAAAUGAACGUAUCAAAGCGCGAAAUCGGGAUUUAGACGAGGAUCGUCGGAAGGAUCGCGAACGCAGACGCCAACGCAGUCGCAGUCGCAGCCGCAGCCGAGACCGCAACCGUAAAGAGCGUGAUUAUAUUGAUAAACGUAGUGUGCGAUCAACACGAAAUUCGUCCAAAGAGCGUGGAUAACUGUUAAAGCUACACCAUUAAUUACGCUGAAAUUAAAUUGACUUUUUAAAACAUUGUGGACUUUUUAUGUUUAAUGAAAAUGAUAUCCUAUUAAGUUAAAGAUAUUUCAAAAUGUAUU